AUGGCACACUAUCAAUCAUCAACUCCGAAGAGACACUAUGCAUAUUCCAAUUCCCACUACAUUCAUCGUCUUGACAAAGGAGUGCUUCAGGGAUGGAAAAAAAACAAGGACCAAAAGGUUGUGACUGCAGUGCGUUACACAGAUGCUAGUGGCAAGAAACGGUAUAAAGGCACAAAACAACUACGCUCAACGGAGAUCUACCCGGUGCCUUUCGCCCGGGUGUUUGCAGACAUGCUGGAAGAUUUGAAAAGAACUUCCAAAGGGCAGCCUCAGCUUCCCAAUCCAGUGCCGUCAGCACUAAGUUCUUUUGAGGAAUUGAAAUGUGCUGACACCAGCGUUUGGAGACAUGCCCACUUAGCCCCGGUGUUCAACUACUUGAGGCGUAACAAGAAGUUACGUAUCCCAGUAGAAUGGCAGGCAUUUGUGCCGACCCAUAUGCAUGAGGAUGUCGAGUACAAACUUGAGCACCUGGAGAUGGAAUAUGGGGACAAAGAAGCUUCUGCAGAGGAGAUUGCUACUUCUCUUGCCAAGGAGGGCAUUCCAGAGCCGGCUGCUCCGGUUGCCCAGCCGCCAGUUGCUACACCAGCUAGAACGGAAGUGAAAUGUCCUAUGGUUGGAGCAGUUACAGUUGGGACUCCUUCUGAACCUGCUGCUACUCCCCCGCCCACAGAGGUGGUCGUCCCCACUGCAUCACCAAGUGAUGUGGAGAUUCAGGCCAAGUCUCCACAACCAGGUGAUGCCAGCCCCACACCAACCGAUCCUGAGAUUGCUGGCGCUGAGAAGGAACCUGAUGAUCUUCAAGACAAGCUCACCCGGAAGGCCAGUGAAGUCUUUCCAUCAACAAGCAAUCAGUAUAGUAGAAAAAAAGAAACUACAACUGGCAUCUUUUGUCAUGAUGUUUACUAUCGAUAUAUCAUGCAGUACAAUGUUUGCACUAUCUUCAUGAAUUUAGUUGUGGUGCCCUGGCAGAUGCGACUUCGAAAUGCUGCCAAAGCUAAGUUGAAUCGAUGGGUCAAACCAAAGACCCGAAGACUGGACCGAAAUGCGCCCGAGAUUCUCAGAACUGAGUGGGCCAAGGGAAGUCGCAAUGCCAUAGCAGAUCUCCUGUGCAAGAACAACUUUCAGGAGGACACUUUCCUGAACGAGCUCAGGGUUUUGGUCUCCAAAAAACAGCUGGUGGAAGUAACAAAGGAGGAGGGCUGGUACAGCCAAGAGGAAAUGCGUGAAGAUUUGAAGUGGUCCAAGUUCUGCCCUCAGCCUGGUGAAGAUUUAGAAGUUGUACUAUUGUCGCUGUUCAAAUUCUACUGCCACAAAAGGCAAAGGAUCGAAGGAGCAGUUGCUCGCUGCAAGAGCCUGGGCGAAGGCUUCUACAGGCACAACAUUUACGACGGCGUUGAAGAGUUUUGGAUCACCGUGAAGGAGACUGGGAAGAGACAAGAGUCUCACAGCUAUGAAGAACUGCAAGAAAAGCGAACCCAGGCAACAGUUGACCCCAAGUUCGAGCUGGGAGAGAAAUUCAAGAGCAUCGAGGCCAGUUCCAGCCGGGAGACUGCUGAGAAGGACAAAGCGGCCCACCUUGGCGUCAACGCUGAGAGCAAGUUUGGGCAGGACCGGUCUGUUGAGACUUUGAAGAAGGAAGUCUCGGUCUUGGACACCGAGUUUGAUUCAUGCCAAGAAGUUUGGAGCAGAGGAGAAGCCAAUGGAUUCUUCACUGAGCAGUUCUACAAGGAAGCUGAGGGAAAAAUGAAGACUGCGACACUGGCGUGUGGUGCCCCAGGGUGCUCGAAAGCAGUGGCUGCAGAAGUGAAAACGAGGAGCUUAAAGAAGUUCUUCGAAAAGACUGCUGUGGACACACCCGAUGGUGACAAGCCUAAGAAGGAAAAGAAGAACAAGGACAAGAAGAAGGACAAGGACAACAAGGAGAAGCGCAAACCCCGAGACACUGAUGCUGCCGCUGAUUUGCUGAAAGGAUUGGAGACGGUGUCCGGUGCUCGAAAACUCUGGCCGGCACUGGUUGCAGUCAUGCUCAUUGAAUGUACGGGAUUGAAGCCAUCUACGCCCAAAGUUGGUUUUGGUGGCUUUUGCGAUGCCUUAGAGUUUCUGCAUUACAAGGUGCCACCUUCUGGUGCUACUGCAGGUAAAGUUCUCCAACAUGCAAAGUCUGUGAUAUCAGGGCUGAUCCAACGAGAGCAACCGAUGGUUUUCAAAAUCGGCUAUACACAUGAUGCCAUGUGGCGAUGGUCAAACAAGACUUAUGGCUACCAGCAUGAUACUUUCCACAAGUGGUCGAACAUGUUAAUCCUCUACGAGUCCACAGAACCUUUUGGACCUGCCAUGCUAGAGGCUUCCCUUAUCGAGAUCUUCCGAAGUACAGUGUCAAGCUUGAGUAAGCCAGGUUGCAAGAACAUCAGAGCUGGAGGCGACAGCGCCUCAUGUACCUCGUGCAUUUCAGCGGCCCGUGACUUUGUGGCUGAUGUUGGUGAACAAGUUGCACAAAAAUCGGGAGGACUUGUAGAAAUUGCACACUGUAAUGAACAACAACCAGAGCGGGAUGUUCAGCAAGUCCUAGCAAAGAAGUUCGACCUGACUUUGAAGAUAGAGAAGUCUGAGCUUGAUGGGCACCCCCAUGUUCCUAUGCUUACAAUGAAAGCUUGGUUUCAGUUCUUUGCGGCCAACUCUUGCAUGCACAUCCUACAUGGUUUGCAGAGACCACAUGUGGCUAGAGAGGAAUCAAUCCUCAAGGCCUUCUGGGGCCGGUUUGAAUCAGUCCACCCACAACAUCAAGUUUUUCAAGCAGCAAGGUCAGGAACUUUGUCUUUGUCCCGAGCAGUGCCACUAGUUAUACACGGAGAUGAGGGUCGGGGCAGACGGCAUGCGGCACACUUUGUGCUGUCAUUCCACAGUUUGUUGGGCUUUGGAUUUGGCAAAGAUAGAAAGAAUGUACAAAAAAAGACAUGGGCAAAGAUGGAAUGCAAUUUCCUUGGUCACACAUUUUCAACCAGGUUCCUCAUUUGCACCCUACGAAAACGAGACUACGCAGAUUUACAGUCUGGGACAUGGAAAACCCUCAUGGAAACAGUGGCACAGGAUGCCCGCUACAUGUGGGAAACUGGUGUUCAAAGUGGUUGCAACCCUCGGUACUGGGGAAUCGUUGUUGGGAUAAUUGGUGACUGGCCAUUCCUUCACAAGUGUGCGGGAUUUGAAAGAUCAUUCAACAACAUUCAGAAAAAGGUUCGGGUUCGCAAGGCACCAGUGGGCAUCUGCCACUUAUGCCAAGCUGGUCAGGUUGAUUGCCCUUUCGAACAAAUCGAAACACGCAGGCCAAUUUGGGCUUCUACGGAAUUUGUCCAAGAUCCUUUUGCUCAACCAUCACCUUUCACUACACAACUUUUGUGUGUGCCAGGGGAGGAGGCAGGCUUGUUUCAGUUCGAUUGGUUUCACACAAUGAGCUUGGGGGUUCUCAAGCACUACCUCGGUUCAGUGAUUGCAUUGAUGUCGGACCAAGAGCAACAGGGUUCAAUCGAUGAACGUUUCGCAUCUCUCAGUGAAAAGUACAGGAGGUGGUGCCAUCAAAAUUCUGAAAGAGCAUUUGUGAUGCGUUUGACGAAGGAAAGCAUCAAUUGGGAAAACAGGAGUACGUAUCCUACAGGAUCAUUGCACCGAGGUGCCUUGAGCACUGUCCUCAUGAAGUGGGUAGCAUCACGUUUUGCCAGUGAAACAUUUCCAAACGAACCACUACUUUCUCUGGCUGCUGACGCUUGUGCUGCAAUUCAAAGAUGCACAAGGAUCAUCUACCGUUCAGGUUUGUGGCUGGAGGCUGGUCAGUGUAGACUAGUGGCGGAGUUGGGUUUCCAAUUCCUGCGGCGUUAUUCCCAAAUGGCCACAAUGGCCAAAAAUGACCAAAGAUGUUUCUUUAUUUACCAGCCAAAGAUUCACAGUUUACAUCACUUUUGUAUGACCUUGUGGAAGGCGCACCAGCGCAACACGUGGGCUGUUAAUCCUUUGGGGUUUUCAUGCCAACAAAGUGAAGACUUCAUUGGAAGACCGAGCCGCUUGGCUCGCCGUGUCACCCCGCAGACACCCGUGCUGCGUAGAAUAAUGGAACGAUAUCUUUUAAGAGCAUAUCGAGAGUUUGUCAGAUCUAGGUAUUUGGUACGUCCUGGGUGA